AACAAUAUCCCCCAUUCCUAACGGUUCUGAUGAGUCUAAUUUUAGGCAAUUCUUAAAAUUUCCGGUCUACUCCGUAAAUACCACGGAUCCUGAAAACCUGAUGUAUUGGCUCUCGAUGGACAUCAUUGAAACAAAGCGUGCGCCUCCACCAGAGCUAUCACCUGUCAUACAAAUCAUGGACGAAUCGCAGAUUGCACAAUCCUCAGCCUCGAACGUGUUCAAUUUAUUUGCUGCACUUAAUAUGCCGGGAGGAAAUGGUGCAUCACCACUUGUUGAAUUUUCUCUAUUGCGAACGAAUAGGAUCUCAUCCGAGCACUUUAUUUCUACCUAUCGCUAUCGAAAAUUAAAAACGAAAGUUCGAACUUGGCUACGGCAAGAUCGUAGCUGAAGCAUCCAGGGCUCGAAGGCUGGAGCAGGUCCAUGGCAUCAAGAUUCCAGGGCUCACCAGAAUCAUGUCUCCUGGUUGGUCCCUGGCUAUCAGGAGAGCUCUGUGAAUGUGACACAGCCUAUCGGCCAGGGUCCUAGAGUGCCGGACUUUGCAAUUUCUA